CCCCCCCAAUCUCCUAAUGAAGAUUAUUUAUAGUUUGACAAAUUCUUCUUUGGUGAACUUUUAUACAUACAUGCUCUUUGUGAAAUAAACUAAUCAUUAUUGUAGACAAAACGACACUAUGACCAACUAACAAUGGUAUAUAAAAUGUUAGAAACAAACAUUUUAAGGGGGGAAAAAAGUAAUUUUCUAUAAUCAUGAAGUGUCUUUGCCAUGAAGUGUCUUCACAAUGAAGUAAAUUUUGAAGAAAACAAAAUAAAGCCAAAACUACCAGGGUAAAAACCCUUAAAUAUAAGCUCCACUACAAGGAUGGAAGGAGAAUGUAAAACCGAAGUCAGGCUGAGAGAAGCCCGGGGCAUCCCGGUGAGAAGCAGAGAAGUCAUCGACCUUCUGAGGGCCAGUGUAAAGCCAGCAGCUGUCACAUACAGUGGUGACAUGCCUGAGAUGCCCAGGGAGAACAUGCAGAGCUUGGAGUCCUGCCCAGGAGGCGAAGGGCGCGUCGAUGUGGCUGGGAGUCGUUUUUGGGACGUAUGGAAUGGUGUCUCAGACCUGGGAUGCCUUCCCUGGAAAUGUGAGCCGCGUGAGUGGAUCAGUGCCCAGAGUCUUACCCAGAAAUGCCAACAGGAUCAGCUGCUGGCGGUCAGCUGUCUUAGGAAGAGAGCAGCGGCUCCCAACCAUGCAGAAGAGCAGGAGGCAAAGGUCCUGGUGGGCAGGGUGGCUGAUGCUCACACCAAAGAAACACAGCUGGUGGCACCCUACUCCCAUGUGGUCCAUUCGGGACCGCAAAUGGACGAGCAACCAAAGAAGCUUCAGACCUGCAUGGAAAACUGGAAGAAUGUGCUAUCUGUGGUGGCAUCUGACUUUGGGGAGGAGAACAUUGUGCUGGAGGAGGUCUCCCAGGAGAUAAAGGAGGCGGAGACAACACUUUGUCAAAACAUGACUGGAGACAAAAAAUUUCAGAGAGAAUGGAAGGAGAUGAUACCUCAAAGUAGCACCACCGAUGGUGACAAGUCAGCUGUGCAGGAUCUGGAGCUGGCCUGGGGGAAGAGGAGCAUUUCACCCCCGGAGGAACUUGAAACGGAGGUGACACCGGAACUACUGGUCCUGUUCCAGCGAGUGAAGGUUCUGGAACAUAGCCUCAGGGACAAUGUCAACAUCUUCACAGGAUCCAAGGAGGACUUCAAGAACCGGAUCAGAGAGCCAGGACUAUCCGAGAGGAAGCUGCUGGUGAGGGUGGAGGAUCUGAUGGAGCAGGCUGCAUCCCAGAGUGCAGCCGUGUCCCGGCAGAGACAGGCGGAGAGGCUCCGCGUGCUGAGGGAGGACGUGCAGAGUAUGAGGAUGGAGAAGGAGAGGAGCGAGAGGGUAUGGAAGGAACGGCUGAGACGAAGUCAGGAGCAGCUGAGAAGCAAGGAGGAGGAGAUGAAGAUGCAGAGCGAUUACUUUGAGCACUUCAAACUGAAGCAGCAGCAGAAGCUGCGCCUGGCCCGGGAGUACGAGCACGCCCUCCGGAGGCGGGUAUACGAACUGGAGAGGGAGUCCGUGGAUCUGACGGCCACAGCCGCGCUGCUGCGUGCCGAGCUGGUGCGGCAGCCAUGCGGGGAACCAGCAGAGCAGGAAGGCUGGGAGCAGGAGAGGGACAAGCUAAACGUGUUCAUCAGCGGCCUGCAGGAGGACCUGCGGGAGCUGCUGGGGUGUGAGGAGGUGGGCCAGGAGGAGCGGCGUGCGCUGCUGGAGCGUCUGCAGGCCGCCGAGGAUAAUGGGGAGUUCCUGUCUCAUCGGCUGGAGGACCUGCGAUCCCGCGUCCAGCAGCUGCGGCUGGCAGAGGGGCGGCUGCAGGCGGAGCUGGAGGAGCUGGCUGAGGAGAACGCGCAGCUCCAUAGGGGGCGCCAGACGCUGCCCGGGAUAGAGAACGGACCUCAGGAAGCAGUCCCAAAGGAUGGUAAUAAUCAGACUGCUGACAUCACUGCUAUUGAAAAGCUGCUGCAGCUCAAGUGGGAAGCUGUCCUGGACCCAGCUAGAACUAAAGGCGUCCAAACCCCAUCCAUGACACAGUGCAUCCGGGAGGCCAUCGUGGUUUCCAAACUGAUCCCCGAGAUAUCCAGGUCUCAGUCCUGCUCUCAUGAGGGAUUCUUAGAGAUAUCCUUCCUCCCGCUGCUGGAGACCAACUCCUUAAGCUUGGCGGAGAUCAUGCAGACCCUCCGCUGCGGGGGGGAGGAGCAGGUCCACCAAAAUAUGGAACAACUGGAGUCAUUUAAGAGAGCUUUGGUGUCAUGGCCAGGGGUGGUCGAUCACUCCCAGAGUGAAGAGGGUUGUCUGUCCUUGCAUAAAGAGGUUAUGGCCGUUCCGUUUCCACCAGACCUUGUGAAUCUGUUUGGGAGCAAAUUCCAGAAUUCUAACAUCAUAUCACUGGUCUCUAAAACUACGGACGUGGAUUGUAAUUCCGUGGAUAAUGAUCCACCUGCCACGGAGCUCUCUUGCAGUUCAUACACCAGUGACCGGUUCAAGCCCACAAAUGAGGAAAUAAAGUUACUAAAUGAAGCUGUGCAUCUGCAGUCUGAGACAGUGAGUCUCUCUGACAGCAAAAAAGAGCUGGAGUCACUUGUGCACAGCAAGGAGGAGGCCUUGCAGAGGCUGUCAGAGGAGAAUCCUCAGUUACAAAGGAGUGGCACAGGCAGCUGCUAUAGCGAAGGGUGCUAUGAGGACCCAGUGACACUGAGCUGUGAGAAGGAUGAGAUGCGCCUGGAAACACUGAAGAACAACUGGAGGCAGGAAAAUAAGGUACUUGGCCAGCGCAACGAAGAACUUCUGGGACAGCUAGCCCAGUUGGAAGGUGAACACGAGCGGGAACUGGCCCAGCUGAGGCUGCAGAUGGCCAUGCUGGAGAAGGAGGUAGCCCGUUUGGAGGAGGAAAACAAGGAAACCUGCUGUGCAGCAGAGGAGGACCAGAAAGCAAUCAAGGAGCUGCAGGAUGCUCUGUGGAGGGAAAGUGAAGAGGUGGGAACCCUGCGGCGGAAGCAGGUGGAGGAUAUGGCUCUUAUUGCUGAGCUCCGGGAAACCCAAUGCAAGAAGACAGAGCAAUCGGUGCUCCUGGAGGAUGUGACAAGCCGUUUGUCCUGUAAUGCUUCUGCAGGAAACUGGAAAGAGCCUCAGGUGGAGGAGACCAAAGAAAAUGAGCAGCAGAAGGUCCUCAGGAUGAGUUCAGAUGCACAGACACUCAGGAAUGGUGGGAGACAAGAGGUGACUUCCCCAAGGAGCGACAGCAGCACCUUGUCUGUGUUUAGGAGCACCUCAGUAGAAGGCAAGAACCUUAAAGAGGAGGGAGCACCUGACACUGGCAUGACUUCAGAUGCAAUUCAGCAGCACCCAGCGCACAAAGAGCAUCUAGGAACCAACAAUGGUGUGAAACAGAGUGUACAGAAAGCAAGAGCAGUAUUCAGAUUAUCUACAGAGUCUCAGAAGCCAACGAGGGAAACGGAUGUGUCUCCUCAAAACAACAAAGUUACACAACAAAGCCACACAACUAUCUACUCAUACAAAACAGUCAACCUUGAAACAACCUUGCAGGAACGGUCCGAUGUUGCAGAGGAGCUGAACAAUGUGAGGAAGGAGCUGGGAGCCACUGUAGCAGACCUACAGCAAUCUCAAGAAUGCCUGGAUAGGGCUAAAAGUGAGGCACAGAAGUGGUACCGGGAGUUAGGCCUAGCAGAAUCCAGGAGAGAGGAAGCAGAGAAGAAGGCUUCCCAGGCUCUGAAUGAAUUGAAGAGGGUUAAAGCCUGCCUCAAGGAGUCCGAGGGGAAGAAGAAGGAAAACAGUGAACUGAAAGACGAGGUAGAAGAACUGAGGAGACAAAUGACACAUCUGGAGAAGGAGCACGUGAAUGCUGUCUCUAUGAGUGCCCGGCUGGAGGAGAAGCUGGUCUCUCUGCUGACCUGCCUUGAUGCCAAGUGUGGCACUGAAGAUGGACAAAUGGCAAAGAACUUAUCCCUGGAGGGCUAUGAGAGUGCACUGGAGACCUGGUGUGAUACAAUCAAGACCCUGAAGGUGCACUAUGAUGACAUCAAAUACCAGUUUGAGGAGCUCCAUAAGAAGAAGACUCAGUGUGACCUGGACAUGGCUCCUCUAAAGGCCAGGCUGGCCUGCGUGGUACAGAAGUGCCGAGAGAGGAACAGCCUGAUCGUUCAGCUGGUGCGUAAGCGGUGCAGGUGCGGCUGCAUCCGCCGCUCCCUGAUGCAGGAGGCCGAGGACCUGGUCAACGACACGGCACUGCUGGAGUACUCCAGCGCCUUCGGGCCCACGCUGGCUGCAGUGCAGGUGGGCUGCUUUUCAGCACGGGGAUCAUCACGGGAUAAUCUCAGAGAAUCGCUGGAGGCAGGAAGAACAGACGAUGCAGAAGCAGAUUCUUGGUCUAGCGCUCAUGGAAGCCUGAUGGAAAAGGCCACGCCCCUCAGCUACAGACAGUGUGUGGCCAAGACUGACUACUGUCCCAGUCCUGAUAUGCCCCAGACAGCACUGCCCAUACUUCCCCUCUCUGCUGGGGAAGAAGUGCAGGUUGCCGGUGCCCCAGACAGCCGAGGGCUGUGCCGUGCUGAGGUGAAGGGAGAGUCUGGCUUGGUUCCUGCAUGUUUCCUGGAGGAGAAAGACGCCAGAAAGCAAUCGCCCCCCUCAGGCAGCGAUCCUGCAGGGUGCCUUGCGUGGCUGACAGGACCUGAAAAGAUCCUGGAAGUCCACCGUCAGCUGCAGCGGCUCCAUCGCAGUAAUUACCAGAUCCUUCCCCUGACAGAAUGCAAUGCCAAACCGGAAUUAGGUCCCUUUUCUGUCUCUGCCCAAAUUCAAUCCCAGCAUGCCUUGUGUGGCCUGUCUGAGGCCUCUGGAGCAGCAAGAAGCACCCCUCCUUUUCACAGAAAAGGGGAGAUGAGGAGGGGGGAGCGGCAGGAGCCCCAGCAGGAAAGGAAGAGUGACUUUGCCGAGCCAGUCGGGACCGCUGCAAAGGACGAGCCUGUGAUGCUUAACAACGUGAGCCCCCCAGGCGGCAGCAUCUGCAGAGCUGCCGCUGAAGACCGUCUGCCUGACCAAGCCAACAUGGCUGCCACUCCCAACGCUCUAUCUCCUGAAGACAGACCCCUAAGAGCAAAGCUAGACCCUCCAGCUCCCGUGGUUUCGCUGAAAGUCAUGAAGACGGUGGGGCAGAGUGGACUGAUGAUUGGCUGGGACAGGCCACCGCUGGACGAGCUGGGCUGCAGUAAUGGCACCUUCGUGUGCGGAUACCGCGUCUAUGUAGAAGGAGAAUUCCACAAAUCUGUGAUGAGCUCAGCUUGUACCAAGGCGGUUCUGGAGAACCUGGACCUGUCUGUGCCAGUCCACAUCAGUGUCCAGACUCUGGGCUCAAAUGGGCUGCUUGCCGAGAAGGUUCACGUCCUGUUCGAGGGCAGCUGGCCGCCCACUGGACCAGCGUCGACCCCGGGGUCCCCUGUUCGGCGGUGGCAUACUUGGACCAGCCAGCCGGUGACCUCCAGAGCCCCAGUCCUGAAGCAGCCCAGUCUGAAGUCUCCUACUGAACCUGCACUGUGUGUGGCCGUCUAUAACUACAGCCCUCUGAAGGACAGCCCCAACAUCCACCCCAGCAGAGAGCUGGCCUUUCGGGAGGGAGAGGCCGUGUGGGUGUUCGGCGAGCCCAGACGGGAUGGCUUCUGUGACGCUGAGGUCAACGGGACACGUGGCCUUGCACCAAUGGCGUUCCUGGAGGAGAUCAGCUCAAGGCUGCUGAGCGAGGAGUAAGCAGAGCGUAAGAGGAAUAGGUGAUCAAUCUAAAGUCUCUGAGAUCCAUCACCAGUGAACCAGUGGUCUGAAACAUCCAGGACAUCGUCAGACCCACCAAAAAGUAACAUCAGCGGGACAUAACCCUCUGAAGUGCGUCGACAUGAGCACAUGUCAUGUGACCUGCCCUUUCUGUCUGGACGAUAUUGAAGGCUUCUUUGACUGAAUCACGCUUAAAACAACAAAAUGAAUUUGCCGAUGAAAUGUGGAGAAUUGAUACAAGGUUCUGAGUCAUGAAAUCAUUAACGAAGUUCGUGUUGUUCUUUUUGUUGCCAUAACAGUAAAACUCAGUGUGCAGUGCCAAAAGACCUGCCUGUCUAACAGCGCACGAGCCUGCCAUCAUCAUCAAUCCUUAUGGUUUGCACUGAACACCUAAGCCCUCGCUCUUCUCCCACCGUGAAGCGCAGUGGUGAUGCUUUCAGACCGAACAAUGGUGCAAGCCGCUAACUAUGAUGCAGUUUGAUACAGUUGUGAUCUUUCUGCUUAAAUGAUAAAUGUUUCAACUUUUUCAACCUACAGUAUUACCCACACAUCUCUGAGGUGUUAAUGAGAGAACAAAAAAGAACACUAAUGCUGUGCAGUGCCAGCCUUUACUGUGACGUGGCACUGCAAGCAGUUUUAGCAUUCAAGGAAAUGUAGGUUUGAAAUCCGCAAACUAAACGACUGAGUCAUCAAUUCAAAAUACCUCUGUCUAAACUGAGAAAAUUCUCCUGUGUGAUCAUUCCUGACUACACUCACAGGACAAACAUGGAAUCAGAUUUACUGUCCUUGGUUCCAAUCUGAUGUGAAUGUCCUAUUGAAAUAUAGUCAGUGUCCUUGCACAAAGUGCCCCGUUUAAAUUUUUUUUAAAUUUGAGUUUUUAAAAGUAUUUCUUUGUAGACCAUUUCACCAGGUCAGGUGUUUUUUUGUGUUGUUCCGUGGCUAUUUAGGAAUUUCUUUUAAAAUAUUUUAUUAGGAAUGAAUUUUUAAUAUGAAUGAAAUAUUACAUCAAUGCCACCCAAAUUGUCCAGUUAAAUUCCUUUGUUUUAAAAUAUAAUGAAACAAAGAACAUAUUGUCUCAAGCGUGACGCCUGUCCUUAAAAUCCAAAGUAACAAUUAGAAUUGCAUUUAACAGAUUCUGAUAGUUACUGUAGGUUCUGAGCACUGUGUUGCUUUUUGGUUGCCUUUUCUCUUGUUACUGAAACUUGUAAGGUAAGACUCUGACUUUCUGGAGUUUCUCCAGGCAGUUCCUGCAUAUGUUGGAAAUGUGGUUACCUUUGUUUUGCUGUUCUUUCCACAUUGAAUGUGAGAACUGAUUACUUCUGCCCUCCACACUUUAACUUCCACUUGAUUACAGACAUUUACUUUUAAUAUCGAUUAUUUGGCCUACAUGGGUACGAAGGCUCUGGACCCCUGUCAGCCUGGAUAGGACAAGCGGGUAUAGAAGAUGGGUGGAUGGAUGGAUGGAUGGAUGAUGGAAUUUCAUGCACAUACACACAUUUGUUAUAUUCAUGUUGCAGAAGAUGUAUUCUGACACUUGUGUUUAAUAGUUAGGAAGCGUAAUUUUCUUUGCUGAUCCAUGGUGACUGUCUAUCUGUUUAACAAGCAAAUCUGUGAAAAGGUGUUGAGACCCAAAUGAUUCCAUGCUACAGGCCACUAUACUCCAUUUCAAAAUGGCAUUGUGGAGUAAUUCUAGAACUAUAUAUUUUUUAACCUUCCACUCUGAGUACUGAUUGGUAUCAAAACGCGAAGCCUCCUGAUACAAUGUUUUGGUUUCAGUAGGCUUUUCAUGAAGACUUUGUUGGUGACCCUGUAGGCCUACGGUCAUGUUGAAGAUGCUGUGCACCUAGCCCCUGUUCCGUGGAGAAGACCCAUGGAGGAGAUCCAUCUGAUGUGUUCUGUUGAUGCAUUAUUGUGCCAUUAUGGACCCAUUUUUUAUGUUUCAGAUAUACUGACACACAACACUUACAGCUAAAUGUAAAUACAUGGGUAAUCCACUUGCUGACACAAACUUAUUUUUGUAUAUUCACUAGAUGUACAUUAUUUCUAUAAUUUUUUGUUAAAACUAAAGAAAAUACAUUUUGUUUAUAUAACAGUC